GAUGGAGAGGAGGUGAAAUUCAAUAGAGACAGAAAACUCAACCCCUUCUCUUUCUCUUCCCCCAUUUCUUCACCUUCCUUUCCCAACCAUUUAUUAGAUUCCUUCCUCCAAUGGUCUUCUUCUUCUCCUUCCCUAAAGAUAUUGCAGAUUUCUUCUUCCUACCUUUCACUACUCUCUAGAUUUCUUCAUCCCCCACUUACUCUUUACCCCUUUUCCUCCUCUGUUACCUACUUUUAACAUCAACCAAAUUCUCUAUAGGGGUUUCUUCUCCGGCCCAAACCCACCUCUUCUGUUCUUAUUAGGGCAUCCAACAAUCUUCAUUUUUCAUUUUUUUUUACAUUUUUCUAAAGUAAAAUUAGCUUCUUCUUGGAAAGAAGAGAGAUGGGCAAGCAAGGACCUUGCUGUCACUGUGGUGUCUCAAGCACUCCUCUCUGGCGUAAUGGUCCGCCAGAGAAGCCAGUUCUUUGUAAUGCCUGUGGAUCACGUUGGAGAACAAAAGGAACUCUAGCAAACUACACACCUCUUCAUGCUAGGGCUGACAUCAUCGACGACAUUAUCGUCGUCGAUGAUCAUUCUAGGUUGACGUUUAAGAACAACUUAAACGAAAUCAAGUUUCCCAAAAGGAAGUUGAAUGUCGUACCUGGUUGUUAUAACCGUGGUGGGGGUGGGGGUGGUGGGGCACGUUCCGACGACGAAGAGAAUGUUAGCAAUAGGUCGAGCUCGGUCUCUGCCAUAUCCAAUCCUGAGACCUUUGGAGGGCAAAUGCAGUCAGUUGUAUGGGAAAAGAUGGUACCAUCGAAGAAGAGGACUUGUGUGGGAAGACCAAAGGCAUCUUCGGUUGAGAAAUUGACUAAAGAUCUUUAUACAAUCUUACACGAACAGCAGUCUUCGCAUUUGUCAGUUUCUUCGGAAGAGGAAUUGUUAAUUGAGAGUGAUACACCAAUGGUGUCGGUUGAGAUUGGACAUGGGAGUAUGUUGAUUCGUCAUCCAAAUUCGGUUAAGGAGGAGGAAUCCGAAGCCAGCUCGCUUUCGGAGUCUUAUAUGCCUUCUGUUGUUGUUCAUAGAAAUGAGAAAUUGAAUAAGAAUACUGCAAAUAUCUUACAAUUAGAACAUACAAAAAGGGAUAAGACUCAACAACAUGAGAAAUCAUAUAUUCUGGGAAAUCAUAAUUCACCAUUACUUUCUCUAGACCUCACUGAUGUUCUUAACUUCGAUGUGUUCUCACAAGAAUUUUCAAGCGAAGAACAACAGCAGCUACUGAAAUUCCUUCCUUCACUAGACACCGCAGGCUUUCCCCAUAGCUUACAGGGCAUGUUCACAAGCUGUCAAUUCAAGGAGAACAUAUCGUCCUUCAGGAAGCUUCUUGCAGAAGGAGUUUUCGAACUUCAACUUCCUGGGGUGAUGCCAGAGGAAUGCAGGAAACUCAAGGCACUUGCUCUAACUAAUUUGUCGAAAUCAAAUUGGUUGGAAAGAUAUAAUUUGCUUAAGAAUGUGAAAUGCAAAGGUAGAUAUGGAGAUUCAGGAGUUCCUAUGGGAGAUAAUUUUGAUCAACCGGGUAAUUCUACAAAUGGAAAGAGAACAAGGGAAAACCAAAUGGUAAAUUGUUCAGGAUUAAAGAUUUCAAUGAAGAGCCCUAAAAGGAUGAUGAUGACUAAGACCUUUCAUGACAGAAAAGAGGCAAUGAAUGAGGAUGGAGGCUGUUUCAGUCCAAGAAGCCUCUUCUCUUUACCUCCAGAUAACAACUCACUUCAGUUCGACUCUCACCAUUUUGCCGAAGAAUGUUCAGAUCAAGACCUACUGUUGAAUGUGCCAUCCAACAACUCCUUCCCAGAAGCAGAACUCCUCCCAUCAAGUUUUGGUGCUCAAGCGAGCACCAGUAACAGCUUAAUUUACUAAUAUAUAUAUACCCUAACUCAACACUUAUGCUUUUAAAGCCCUCUGGAUUCUAUUUAGGAUAUCUAGCAGGCAUCUUCAGUAUGUGCAUUUUGCACAACAAACAUAUGCUUGCAAUUUUCUUCUGUUUGUUGUUGGGGGUUAAGUUGAUCUUGAAUGUCAUAGAGGAUUAUUGUAUUUUCUUCUAUUGUAUAGGUUGGACAAUGGUUGUAUUAUACAUAGUAUAAAUUACAACAACAACAAAAAGUUUCAACUUUCAGGAACUUCUGUAAUCAGCACUUAUAUACCUUUUUUAUUUGAUUUCUAUUAUUUGCAAGUUUUUACUUUCU